AUGAAGCUGAACGUCGUCAUGAAUGAAGAAGUUCUUGAAUACGACCUGCAAAACAAGUCGAGACGCAGUUUACUUAUAAGGGGAGGAGGCCAUCUCGUUGUAGGGCAAGAAUUGGAUACAGUGGACGGUGGUUUCAAUGUCUAUCAGACCUUUAAAGGUGAAAUGGCUGACUGGGUGUUGUUGAACGAAUCUCUCAGCAUAGAGGAAAUGAAGGACUACGUUGCCUGCCUUGGCCUCCCUUCCCGUGUCCGGCCACUGCUCCACUUUGACAAUGCACUAUCGGGAUGGGAACUCAAAGGCCCAUCACUUUCUUACAACUUAACGAAGAAAGACAUAUGCAGCAAAAGGUUUGUGGACUCGCUCGUGAUGUUCCCACACCGAAUGAAGAAAGAACAUGCAGCCAAAUGGUGUCAUAUGGUUGGGGGUCACUUGCCUGUGCCACAAAACCAAGAAGAAAAUGAGGAGCUGGCCCGCUUGGCUUCUGGAUACAUUAAUAAAUGUAGUAACUCCUGGAGCACCUUUGCUUGGCUAGGGCUCACACGGAAUCUAUCAAGAGAGUGGGAAACGACAAUAAACUCUUCUUUGGAAUGGAAUAACUUUGUGCUGCGUGGUCCAACCAAAACUUGUCUCUGUCCAAGUAUAACGCUUUCAGUUAAUGAUGGCCACUGGCUUUGCACCCCUUGUGAUUCAAGGAUUUGUGUUGUGUGCCUUUACUCGAAUGUAUCUCUUUUUCAUCUCCGUGGAGACUGUGAAAGAACAGGCUUCGAUCGUGAUUUAAUUUUGAAAGGUGUACCACAAGAAACGCCGAUGUAUGUUGGGUAUUUCCAAAGUCGAAUGCUGUUCAGCGAGGAAACUUGGAGGCUGGAGUCGACAUUAGAAGGUAGCACGUCUUACGCGGAGAUGAUCGAUGAUACAGUGACCAACCCGCUCGGCAGACACAAGUGGCAGAUCAACAGCACCGAGUGUGGCCAAUACCAGGUGAGGAGUUGUGUUGAGCGUGAAAGGAAAUGUCUGCCAUUAAUUGAGCAUCACCCUCUACAACCUCCACAGACGGAACUGGUCCUGUCGGUGUGUAGUCCCGAACAGUUUCCUUGCGACAAUGGUCAGUGCGUGCCUCAGGGAAAACGCUGUGACCUAAGACCCGACUGUUCCGAUGAGACGGAUGAAAAACUCUGUAACGUCGUCAAUCUCCCGGUUAACUACUCUCCUGCAGUGCCUCCUCCUCCCACUGCAGAAGACUCGCUGGCCCUCCUCCUCUCUGUCGAGAUAUGUUCUGUCAGGGAAUUUGAACUCGUUGGCUUCAAGAUUGCACUGGACUUGGUCAUCCGCAUUGAGUGGAAGGACACAAGGCUUGAGUUCUUCAACCUUAAGGACGACAUCCUUUUCAACAGAGUCAAAAACCCAGCGAAGAUUUGGCUCCCCAUGUUCUUUGUGGAGUCCAGCAGUCGGAGUCCUGCGGAGGAGCUGCCGAGCAGCCCGCCGCUGCUGCAGGUGCGGCGCGAACACCCUCCCUGCCGUGAUGAGCCGAGCCGAGCCACCAAAGUGUGGAAGAUUUCAACAUUAUUGCUCACUUUAUUUCCUCUUAUGCUGUUCUAUAUCUGUACCUUAAUGACUGAUGUAUCUCUUCAAAGUUGCAGAUAUUUAUUUGAAAUUCUAGUGAAGAGCUUUCCCUCUUUUUCCCCUAAACAGGUGGAAAUAAAGUUCACAAACCAGUUUGGUUACUAUGUAGGCAACGCCAUCCUGCCCAGCACCUUCUUGGUCACCAUCUGUUACCUCACAUUCUGGUUUUCCCUCGACGACUUCCAGGACCGCAUCAUGGUGUCCCUUACGUCCCUGCUCGUGCUGACGGGGCUGCUGACACAGACCAGCCAGUCCAUGCCCAAGACGGCCUACCUCAAGUUAAUUGACAUUUGGUACAUCACCUUCAUUUUCAUCGACUUUCUGAUCAUCGUUGUACUGGUAGUGAUCGAGGGUUUACGUCAAAGGUUCAGAUACCCAGAGGUCAAGGUCACCAAGGGGAAUGCUCUUCAGCAAGCUCAAAAGCCACCGGUCGCCUGGUGUCCUCAGACCGCCACCUGUCUGGCCAGGAAAGUCAACACCCUCUCCACCGUUGUGUUCCCCAUCGUGUGUGCCAUAUUUAUGUUCAUUUUCUUCGCAAUUGGCUCGUCUAACGGUUAGAUUUUUCUCUAUUAUUAUUUCCUCUUCUACAGGAUGGGCUGCGUCCUAUAUUGAUAUGUUAAACCUUGUCCCUAGGAAUUCGUUUUCAUACAAUUCCUACUUUUUGCCUUUUAUUUAUCAUUAUGAUGUAUAACCUCCGUAAAAAAUGUUUAGGC